UGGGCGGGGUUUCCUUUGAAAAUGGGCGUGGUUUUCCAUUGCCCCGCCCCUGUCUUCUGUUCUUCCUCUUCAUUCAACUCUGACCGACUUUGAGGCUGGACUCCUGGUUGCAGAGAGCGCAGGUGAGCUUCAGCUUCUGGGGCUGAUGGGAUCGACAGAAAAGCAACGGAAGACGAUGCUGGACUUGGUCGCUUGACUUCUGAGAUGAUGCUCCUGUCUCCAUGGCUUUGCAGAAGAGGCUGCGCCUAAAACUUCUGGCAGCAGGGAUGAGCAGCGGUGCUCCUGAGGAACGCCCUUCGUAGCUCCGGCUGCCAGACCCAGCCUUCCUUUGGUUUCCGUGGCUGGAGAUCUCCAUUCAUCAAAGGCGCAGAGAUGUCUCCCUGGCUGAGUGGCCGGGCCGCGGUCUCCCACCUCCUGGUGGCCCUCUUUGGGAUGGGCUCCUGGGUCGCCAUCAACUCCUUGUGGGUGGAGCUGCCCGUGGUGGUCAAGAGGCUCCCGGAAGGCUGGAACCUGCCGGCCUACCUGUCGGUGCUGAUUGCGCUGGGCAACGUGGGCCCAGUGAGCGUGACGCUGGCGCACCACUUUGCCCCGGGGCGGCUGAAGGAGCGCUGGCUGAUCCACGGGAUCCAGGUGCUGCUGGUGGGGGGCUCCGUCCUGCUGGCGGCCUUCUGGGAGCGCACGGUGGUGAUGGGGGCCGCCGAGCACAGCCUGGCCUACCUGGCGCUGGCCUUCGCCCUGGCCCUGGCCUGCUGCACCUCCAACGUCUCCUUCCUGCCCUUCAUGUACCGCUUCCCGCCGCUCUUUGUGCGCACCUUCUUCAUCGGCCAGGGCUUGAGCGCCCUCCUGCCCUGCGUCCUGGCCCUGGGGCAGGGGGUGGGCCAGCUGGAGUGCCCCAACGCCACGCAAGGCGCCAACGCCUCCUUCCCACGCUAUCUGGAGGAGAACUUCUCAGCCACGACCUACUUCUGGCUCUUGGUGGGACUCCUGGCCGUCUCGGCGCUGGCCUUCUUGGCCCUGGUGAUGUGGCACGACCGUGACGGAGGGAGCGGGGAGACAGGCUCCUCCAAAGAGAGCGUGGCCACCGAGGAGUCCUUCCCGCUGCAGACGGACAGCACGCCCUCCUCCGAGUGCGCCCCGGGGGACGUGGCCACGGGCGGACCCCCCAAGCCCGGCACCACCACCGCCACCACCGUCCCCUUCUGGACGAGACGGAACGCCUUCCUGCUGGUGCUCCUGGGGGUCUCCAACGCCCUCACCAACGGGGUCCUGCCCUCCGUCCAGACCUACUCCUGCCUGCCCUACGGAUCCAUGGCCUACCACCUCUCCGUGGUGCUCAGCAACAUCGCCAACCCCGUGGCCUGCUUCCUCGCCAUGUUCCUGCUCUGCCGGUCACUUGUGGGCUUGACCGUCAUCUCCGCAGCCGGGUGUGUCUUUGCUGCUUACCUGAUGGCUCUGGCGGCCUUGAGCCCCUGCCCGCCGCUGGUCGGGAGCACAGCCGGAGCCGCUUUGGUGAUUGUCUCCUGGACGCUCUUCCUGGGCCUCUUCUCCUACCUGAAGGUGGUGAUUGGGAGCCUGCUCCACGAGGCCGGACACUCGGCCCUGGUCUGGUGCGGGGCGGUCAUCCAGGCCGGCUCACUGGUGGGGGCCCUGGCCAUGUUCCCCCUCACCAGCAUCUACCACCUCUUCCAGAGCGGGAAGGACUGCGUGGACAACUGCACGGCCUGAGCCACGGACCCCCAAGAGGACCCCCGGCUGCAUCUCAGCACUUGCGGCAGUGGGGCUUCCCCAGACUUUUGGGGGAAAUCUCUCCCUGUCCUGGACAUCCGUUGUCCAGUAAGGCCACUGAGCCCUCUCGUUCUCCUCUGGCCUUUCCCUAUACGGCACACACACUCCUAUGCGCCUUCCCACAAACCCUGUGGCUCCCAGGACGUGUGGAUCAUUGCUCUUUGUGGCCUUACGGUGCCAAUGUGACCUUUUGGUGAAUGUCCAGCUAGCACUUGAAUGGCCAGGCCGAACUAAUGCAGCAACACUAAGUGACUCCUUUCUCUCAGUCCACUGACCCUCUGAUCAGAAGGGAAGAGCAUGGAUGCAUACCUGUGGGCAUAUACAGGGGGUUUGAAAAAGAACUCCCUAGUCACCAUUGAAUUUCAAUGGUGAAUAGGGAGUACCUUUUCAAACACUCUGUAUAUUAAUGUGUGUGUGUGCAUAUGCACACACACACACAUUAAUAUUCAGGGUGUUUGAAAAAGAACUCCCUAUUCACCAUUGAAUAUAUAUAUAUAUGUGUGUGUGUGUGUGUGUGUGUGUGUGCAUAUGUAUUAAUGCAUAUGUAUGUAUAAUACAUAUGUAUGUGUAUGCAUAAUAAUAAUAAUAAUAGUAACAAUAAUAAUAAUAAUCCUUUGUAUCCCGCCCCAUCUCCCCAAGAGGACUUGGAGUGGCUCACGUACAUGUGUGCAUACAUAUCAAUGCAUAUGUAUGUAUAUGUGUGUGCAUAAGUAUCAAUGCACAUGUAUGUGUAUAUGUGCGCAUAUGUAUUAAUAUUCAUAUGUUGCAUAAGUAUCAAUGCAUAUGUAUGCAUAUGUGUGUGCAUAAUUAUUAAGGCACAUGUAUGUAUAUAGGUGUGCAUAUGUAUUAAUAUUCAUACAUUGCAUAAGUAGUAAUACAUAUGCAUGCAUAUGUGUGUGCAUAAUUAAUGCAUAUGUAUAGAUAUAUGUACAUAAGUAUUAAUGCAUUUGUAUGCAUAUAUGUGUGCAUAAGUACUAAUGCACAUGUAUGUAUAUCUGUGUGCAUAUGUAUUAAUAUUCAUACGUUGCAUAAUUAUUAAUGCAUAUGUAUGUAUAGGUGUAUGCAUAAGUAUUAAUGCACAUGUAUGUAAAAAUGUGUGCAUAUAUAUUAAUAUAUAUACAUAUGCAUAAGUAUUAAUGCACAUGUAUGUAUAAGUAUUAAUGCACAUGUAUGCAUAUGUGCAUGCAUAAGUAUUAAUGCAUAUGUAUAUAUAUAUAUGUGUGCAUAAGUAUUAAUGCAUAUGUAUGUACAUGUGUGUGCAUAAUUAUUAAUGCAUAUGUAUGUAUAUGUGAAUGCAUAAGUAUUAAUGCACAUGUAUGUAUAAAUGUGUGCAUAUGUAUUAAUAUGUAUACAUGUGCAGAAAUACAUAAGUAUCAAUGCAUAUGUAUGUAUAUGUGUAUGCAUAACUAUCAAUGCAUAUGUAUAUGUAUGUAUAUGUGUGUGCAUAAGCAUUAAUGCGUAUGCACGUGUGCACAUACUGGAUGAGUGCCGCUCUCUCCCACUCCAGGGCCCAGGCCAUGGGUGACUCUGAAUCUGAUCACCGUCAUGAUACUUUUCCUCAUUCCUUUUUUGGGGGGGCUGCUUCAUUCCCGGCCUGGGGAUGGGGUCCCUUCCCUGGCCCGCUUUGCCUUAACAGCAGCCCCCUCUUCCCUUUGGGACCAAAACCAACCCCUGAUGGGGGGCUGCCUUGUGCACCAGCCAGUCAUGAAGCUCUUGGGGUCUUAGCCUUACGUUUUAUGGGGGGGGGGGGAGUGGUCCCAAGGUGGGCACAGCCUUGCGAUUGGUAGCGGGUUCCAGGCUGCGCUGCGGGACAAUUAAAGUUUUAUUUUCUAUUUGAGACUUGGCUUCUGAAGAAUCCUUUAUGGUCCAUCAUAGGAUCCAAACAUCCUUGUUUGUUUGUUUAUUUAUUUAUUUACGUCAUUUCUAUCCCGCCUUCCUCACCUGAGGGGACUCAAGACGGCGUACAGAUCUGGCAAAGACGCAAUGCCAAUAAAACAACAAUAAAAGGUAAAGGUUUCCCCUGCCA